CGAUUUUAUCCAAGAUGACAAGCUUGACCAUACCGACGGAUGAUGAAUCUUCAGGCGAGAAGCUGGCCGUGGAGCAAGCAUGCGCUGAUUCAAAGCUCGUGCUGGUCUCAAACGAAGUGGAAGUGUCACUUACAGCCAAGACCACCGAAACCACUCCCAAGCACGGGAGAAGUGCAAUCACUGCUCUCGUGGAGACGAUGCGUACAGAAAUCAUAGCCAACGCGGCGACAUCCAAGCCUCCUAAGGCCUCUCCAUCUCAGCAGUCUCCCGGAUCUUCUGGCAACGGCGAGACAGCAUCUGAUCUGAUCGAUACAUGGUAUACGGCCUUACAACCACCCGCUGAACCACUGCCCGAGUUACCUUCCGACCAAGUCAUCCGCAGUGAGAGCGUUCUCGUGCCUCCUAUUCCACCGCCGGCAACUGGGCGAAUACGAUUCCUCGCGCAUAACCCCAAUGCCUGGAAGUCACUUGCUGACUGGAGUCAAGCGACUACCAAUUGACAACUGAGCUCCGGCAUUCAGAGUGCUGUAUGACCGAGAUUUCCGCUUCAUCCUCGUAACAUUUUGCAGACCUCGGCGGCGAAGGGGCACCGGCGCUGGCGGAAUUCUUAUGCUUCCAUACUCCAUUGAUGCUGCCAUGCGGCCAUCAGCGUUUUAGAAGCAUGACGAAGUUC